UUGGAACAUGUCGUCCAUAGCCAAGCUGCUAGAGCAGUUCCUUGCCCAUCCCUUCAAAAAUCUGGCUGCUAUCAUCACUGCAGCUGUGACAAGCUUUUUUGUUGUGCGUGCCAUCUACCGCGUCACCUUUCACCCGCUCGUUCGCUUUCCUGGUCCAAAGUUACGAGCGAUUUCGCAUCUUCCUCACGCUUUCUCUGGAGAAAGAGGUCGUCAGCCAUAUGACGUCCGCGAACUGCACAAAAAGUAUGGUCCCGUAGUACGCAUCUGUCCCAACCAGCUUUCCUUCAUCACGCCUGGCUCAUGGGAAGAUAUCCACGGCCAUGCCGCUACCAAGAAGCUUCUCAAAUAUGGCUACUUCAAAGUGCGACCUGAUGCCCAGCCCAUGUUGACAACGUCUGGCGAGGAACAUUCGCGUCAACGCUCUGCCUUUGCUCAUGGCUUCUCUCAGCGAGCUAUCAGCGAACAGUCGCCCACCCUGACGGCGCAUGUAGACAAUCUCAUAGCAAUGCUUGAGCAGAAGGUCAAGCAGGAAAGCGUCUUCGAUGUUGGCGAGUGGAUGAGAUUUCUUGCCUUUGACAUCAUCGGUGACUUCACCCUCAACACACAAUUUGAAUGCGUCAAGAACCAACGAUAUCACCCUUGGGUUGCGCUUCUGAUGAAAUGGUUCCGCGCUGUCAGCUUCGUCACCAACGCCAAUGCCUUCGGUCAGCUGGCUCCUUUCAUCAUGCUUUUUGCUCCUGUAGAGCAUCUCAAAGGUGUCAAGGAUCAUCUCGACAUGAGUGCGCAGAAAGUGCGCGAGCGACUCGCCAUCGGCGACGAUCCCACGCGCAAUGACCUCUGGACGUACUUGCUCCGCAACAAAGGCGACAAAGCUUUGUCUCUGGGCGAGAUGGAGGUUAAUGCUGCGCUCUUCAUCAUCGCCGCCACCGAACCCCUCUCCGACGUGUUAUGCGGUACUCUCUACUUCCUCGCUCUCUACCCUGAAGUCAGGGAGAAGCUGCGCGCGGAACUUGAGUCCUGCAUGGGAUCAGACGACGCGCUGACCAUGGCCAACACCGCCCGCUCGCCGUACCUCCACGCCGUCAUCAAUGAGUCGAUGCGCAUGUAUCCUCCGAUCCCAGGAGGUAUGCGACGCAAGACACCACCCCAAGGCCACACCAUCUCUGGCAUCGAAAUACCUCCAGAUACCGUCGUCGCAGUCUACCAACUCGCAGCCUUCACCCUCCCCAAUAACUUCGCCCGGACCGACCAGUUCAUCCCCGAGCGCUGGCUACCAGCCGACCACCCGGAGCGCCCCAAGGACACUCUCGGCGAUCAUCAAGAUGUCUUCCAGCCUUUCAGCGUCGGACCUAAGAACUGCAUUGGCAAAGGCCUAGCGUAUGCGGAGAUGAAGCUCAUCAUCGCGAGGUUUGCGUGCGCAUUUGAUUGCAAGGUCGUCGAUGAUGGGUUCGCUAUCGAUAAGCAGACAGCAUAUUUGUUCAGAGACAGGCCGCCUUUGAAGUUGGAGGUCAAGAUGAGAAAGGUGUCUUGA